UUCAGCGUAGUGGCAAACUUGUUAUCUGCAUUAGACGCAGGAGUGCGCCGUGCGCCAGUUACGUGAAGGAGGUGCAAGAUGGUCAGUUAUUAAGUUAAUAGCGUUUGUUUGUUUUUUUCUUUUCCGGAAAACAAGUGAGAAAGGAACGUGGAUUUAUGCGACAGUGUCGGUGAAGACAACAGUUAGCUUCAAUAUUUUUCUGACUUGCAUGACAAGACUGCGACGGGCGUGAAGCCCCGCGUGAACAUCAAUAUGUGGGAGCAGGAGGAAUUCGAAAAACACUGGAGGAAAGAAUUUCCCGACGGAGAAGUACCCCAGAUGGACUUGAACUCUGUAGAGGAUAUCGAGUCCGAGCUGGAGACAUGCAAAGCCAACCUGAAGAGGCUCCAGAAGGCUCUGGCAGAGGAGAAAUUCAAGGUGAUUUACCUGGAGACCACUGUGGCCCGACAGAAGAGAAACGACCCGGAAAGGUUUGAAGGCAAAGAUGUAAACUUUAACGCUGACAUGUCGACCUUUUCCAAAACGGAGAAUAUCAGGAAACCGCCGCGGCGGGACGCCGAGCGUGAAGAGGGGAAGAUGAAGGUGCCGGACCCCGGAGGCGUGAAGCACCACGCUGCGGGUAGCAACACAGCGGGGCUCACCAGCUCCUUCGGCCGGGAGCGAGGCAGGUUCAGUGGCAAGAUGGGCAAACCAGUCCCUAUCCCGGUUCCGCCACAGAAGCCCAUCUUUUGUAGAGGGGACACGGCCCCUGCCAUCGUCCAGCGUGCGAAUGACAACGAGGAAGGCAGCGACCGGGAAUAUGAGGAUCUGGAGCUGAAUGAAAAUUUCGUCAGGAAUAACUUGUUGGUACCAAAGACCGCGGGAAGAGACGGUCAGAAGACUUCCAGCGCUCAACGGGACAGCCGGCGGCCUUUCCGCCACAGCAGGGAGUUUGACUCCGAUGAUGGCAGACUGUCACCGUCCUUCCCCCACAUUCAACGCAGACCCUCCCGAGGCUCGGGGUGCAGCACCCCAGAGAGGAGGAGUGAUGGGUACCUGAGCUCCGACCACGAUGACUCCUCUUCCGCAGACUUUAACUACAACACAGAUGGAUACGAGGGGGACGGAGGAGAGGACGGCAAGUCCCAGGAUGGCUCAGAAACGCUGCCCUUUAUAGAUGAAUCGCCCACCAUGUCACCCCAGCUCUGCGCGCCCCAAGGGCCAGAUGGAGAAACGGUGUUGCCCACACCUCUGCUGGCUGGGGGCGAUAUAGAGAAAGGACUGGAGAUGAAGAGACUGGUGCUGUCUGGAUUCUUGGCCAGCGAGGAGAUCUACAUUAACCAGCUGGAGGCCCUCCUACUGCCCAUGCGACCCCUGAAAGCAACAGCCACGACCUCUCAGCCCGUCCUGACCAUCCAGCAGGUCGAGACCAUCUUCUACAAAAUCCAGGACAUCUUCCAGAUCCACAAAGAGUUCUACGACGCCCUCCUACCCAGCAUCCAGCAGUGGGACGAGAAGGUCACCGUGGGACAUUUGUUCCAGAAGCUGGCCAGCCAGCUGGGCGUGUACAAGGCCUUUGUGGACAACUACAAGGUGGCGCUGGAGACGGCAGAGAAAUGCAGCCAAGCCAACAGCCAGUUCCAGAAGAUAUCUGAGAACCUCAAAGUAAAAGGUCCUAAAGACUCCAAAGACUGUACAACAACUAGUUCAAUGGAGGCUCUCCUUUACAAGCCGAUUGACCGUGUUACCAGAAGCACCCUGGUUCUUCAUGAUUUGCUGAAACACACUCCAAAGGACCACCCGGACUUCCCCCUCCUGCAGGACGCUCUGCGGAUUUCUCAGAACUUCCUCUCCUCCAUCAAUGAGGAGAUUGACCCCCGCAGGACUGCUGUUACUACACCCAAGGGCGAGGCCCGUCAGCUGGUGAAGGAUGGCUUCCUGGUGGAGGUGUCGGAAAGCUCCAGGAAGCUACGGCACGUCUUCCUCUUCACCGAUCUGCUGCUCUGUGCCAAGAUGAAAAAGACGGCUGUGGGUCGCCAUCAGCAGUAUGAGUGCAAGUGGUACAUCCCUCUAGCGGACUUAACUUUCCAAACCCUGGACGACUCGGACGCUUGCCCGAGCAUCCAGGUCCUGCCAGAGCACGAGAUUGAGGAGAUGAAGAUCAAGAUCUCGGUCUUAAAGAAUGAGAUACAGAAAGAGAAGAAAGCACCAAAGGGUCAGAGCCGUGUGGAGCGUCUCAGGAAGAAGAUGAACGAACAGGAGUCCUGGUUGCUCCUGCACUCCCCCACCAUCCCCUUUCGCAUCAACAACAAACAUGGAAAGUGCUACCUGUUCCUGCUCUCCUCUGACUACGAGAGGUCAGAGUGGAGGGAAAGCAUUCAGAAACUCCAAAAGAAAGACCUCCAGUCAUGCAUGUUAAGUUCUGUAGAGCUCCAAGUAUUGACCAGCUCUUGUUUCAAACUCAGAACGGUCCACAACAUUCCUGUCACCGGUAACAAAGACGAUGAGGAGACUCCUGGCCUGUACGGCUUUCUGCAUGUGAUUGUCCACUCUGCCAAAGGAUUCAAGCAGUCAGCCAAUCUAUACUGCACUCUCGAAGUAGACUCAUUUGGAUACUUUGUCAGCAAGGCCAAGACCCGAGUCUUCAGGGACACCACAGAGCCUCAGUGGAACGAAGAGUUUGAGAUUGAGUUGGAGGGCUCCCAGUACCUUCGGAUCCUGUGCUACGAGAAGUGUUACGACAAAAGCAUGCUGAACAAAGACGACAAUGAGAUUGUGGACAAGAUCAUGGGCAAAGGGCAAGUCCAGCUGGAUCCUCAGACAGUGCAGUCCAAGAACUGGCACAUGGAUGUCAUAGAGAUGAAUGGGAUUAAAGUGGAAUUCUCCAUGAAGUUUACAAGUCGAGACCUCAGCUUGAAGAGAACGCCGUCCAAAAAACAGAGUGGCGUGUUUGGAGUCAAAAUCAACGUUGUUACUAAGCGCGAGCGCUCCAAGGUGCCUUACAUAGUCCGUCAGUGCAUUGAGGAGGUGGAGAAGAGGGGGAUCGAUGAAGUGGGAAUCUACAGGAUCUCAGGGGUGGCCACUGAUAUCCAGGCCCUCAAAUCAGCAUUUGAUACCAAUACCAAAGAUAUCCUGGUGAUGCUGAGCGACAUGGACAUCAACGCCAUUGCAGGAACGCUGAAGCUGUACUUCAGGGAGCUGCCGGAGCCUCUCCUCACCGACCGCCUCUACCCCGCCUUCAUGGAGGGCAUAGCUCUCUCAGACCCAGCAGCCAAGGAGAACUGCAUGAUGCACCUCCUGCGCUCGCUGCCUGAGCCCAACAUCAUGACCUUCCUCACGCUGCUGGAGCACCUCAAACGGGUGGCUGAGAAGGAGCCCAUCAACAAGAUGUCCCUUCAUAACCUGGCCACCGUGUUCGGCCCCACUCUGCUCAGGCCCUCAGAGUCAGAGAGCGCGAAGGGACAGCACAUCACCUCCGCCUCUGACAUCUGGUCACAUGACGUCAUGGCACAGGUCCAGGUGCUGCUCUACUACCUGCAGCAUCCUCCCAUCUCCUAUGCUGAGCUGAAGCGAAACACGCUCUACUUCUCCACUGAUGUUUAAUCCCCGGCCACCUCCCACAGGGCUUCACCUGGAGACGAAAGAGUGAGAGAGAGAGACUCCAUACAAACAUUGGUCCCCAGCACUCAGUAAUCCUGCCUCAGCUCUCCCUCGCCCACAGCAGGCAGCUCGUCUCAACUGUACAGCCCCCCAAUCCCCCACCCCCAGCCCUCCCUUCCACAUCUCCCUUCCAUUUAAACCCCACAUCCACCCCACCCUACCACACCCAGUCCUGUGAGGAGAUGGAGCCAGGCACGUGAAGGAGAUUUCCGGGGCGUCUUAAUAGUCAUGUGUCGUGUCCUGUAAACGUGAGGAGAGCCCAGCUGCUUCCCACUGGCAAGAAGACAGGGAGUUAUGGGACCACUGUGGGGAAAAUGGGAGGGGACAAGGGUCUGGAAGCCACAGCCUGGCGCAGUGGCACAGGAUCAUGCCUCGGCGUGUGGGGUGUUGUCAUCCCUUUGCCAAGUUCUGGUUUGAUGAUUUGAAAAACCAGUCGACUCAAACUCUACUUUCUGUUUUUGUUUUCCUGGUCAGAGGCAUUCCACAAAUAAAGGCAUUUACAUGUUUUGGAAUAAUGUUUAGCACCUGAUUUUUGUUUCCUUCCCCGGGCUUUCUCUGUGUGUGUGUGUGUGUGUGUGUGUGUGUGUGUGUGUGUGUGUGGUAGGAGGAGGCCAAUGUGUCUGAAUGACAGUGUGGAUGUACAUGACGUGUGUGUGUGUACUUGCGUGUUUAAGGGAACACAAGAAUUAUAGAAAACGGCCGUUCCAGUAAAUGGCUGGUAUUUUUCUUUUCCCUCUCUCUGUACUGACAAGCAAGAGAGAAGUGCCCUCCUCACUGAGUCUCGGCCAAAUUAGUCCUAUUUAUUUUAAAUAUAUAUAAUACGUGUGCCUGUACAGUUCUGUGCAACUAGAGAAAUGCUCUAAGGAGUGUGUUUUUUGAAGUUUAUUCAGGUAGUGAUGUUAUUUUUUAGUCUACUUUUCUUAUUCGCCAUGUCCAUGGUUGGUAAGCUGUACUGAAAAUACACCCAGAAUUCAUUUCAGAUCACUUUGUAGAGGUGAGAGGGCACCCUGUGACAUGACGGUUGUUUGGAGAGAACACAA